AUGGAUUUACCGCAAGAAGUCGUACUCGCCAUUCAGAGGAUCCUAGAUGCCAGACCUACAACGGACGACCCGUUCGAUGGUCUCGUGGAGGAGUUUAGCACCGUCUCCAUCCUCAAUGAGUUCUUCCCCGAUGAGGCAUCACUAGGAAAGCUAGACGAAGUCAACGCCCAACUCGCAGAAACGCAGAAACAAAUCCAAGCCGAAAUCGACACUCUCCAAGCUGAACUGCGUACGAACCAGGAUCCUGAACGGAUGUCUGUAAUCCAGGAAAUGAUUUCUGAUUUGUUAGGGCAAAUGUCGAAGAUUCGGGAGAAGGCGACGGAGAGCGAGGCUGUGGUUAGGAAUAUCACCAAGGACAUCCAAGUAUUGGAUUUGGCGAAGAAGAAUUUGAUUAUGAGUAUGACGAUGUUGAAGAGGUUGCAGAUGUUGGUGAACGCGUUGACCCAGCUCGAGGACUUGAUCAAGGAGCGAAAGUACGCUGAUGUCGCGCAGACGUUGUCCGCAGUCAAGCAACUCUCAGAGACGUUCAAAUCAUACACUUCAGUCCCCAGAAUCGCGCGCUUGUGGAAGCGCAUCCACGAUAUCCAGGGCCAACUCAGAAGCCAACUCGAGGAGGACUUUGAUUCAUUCUUCAUCCAAGAUACCGCCAAACCCGUCCGGCCCUCUCUAAUCGCCGAAGGCUGCCAAGUCGUCGACGUCCUCGGCCCAGAAGUCCGCUCCCACAUCAUCGACCGCUUCGUCGCCCUCGAACUCAAGGAAUACCGCCGCAUCUUCCGCACCAACGACGAAGCCGGGCAACUCGACAACCUCUCCCGGCGCUACGCAUGGUUCCGGAGGUUACUCAGUACUUUUGAAGUCGAGCAAGGGAGGGUAUUCCCGUCGGAUUGGAAGGUUGGAUGGCACUUGUUGGCCAAAUUUGCAGAGAUUACGAGGGACCAUGUUACGACUCUUUUGACCAAGAUUGGUCCGUCGUUGACGGUGAAGGCGUUGUUGGAGAAUAUUCAGAUUACGGCUGAAUUUGAGGCUUCGAUGGCGAGGAAGUGGGCUACGUCGUUCCAAGAAAUGCUAAAGGCGACCGACGCAAGCCAUUCGCAGCCAGGGAAGACCAUCACAUCCGCGUUCGAAUCUCAUAUGAACAUCUUUGUUGACGCUCAGGACAAAGCCCUCUCUGAUAUGCUUGCACCUCAUCGAAAGAACAACAAAGCCGCCUACAAACCUCCUGUGCGAACCUCGUUGGACACAGGCGAAGAGGAGGCCAAGGAGUCGGAGGAGAGUAUGGUAGUCCUCCCCUCGUCCACAGAAUUGUUCUACUUCUACGGACAGAGUUUGGAGCAAUGCGCUAGCCUGUCCACUGCCCAACCCUUAUUUGACUUGGCCAAUGUCCACAAGAAGUGGUUGAGGAUAUAUGCAGAGGAGGUUCUGGCUAUCAGUUCGAAACGGCCUGUGGCUACGUCCACGCGCAAGUCGCUUGAAACUAGGGUCGAUGUUGAGCUGCUCAAGCAGACCUGUCUCGUUAUCAAUACGGCUGAUUAUUGCCAAACCACUGCACUUGAGCUCGAGGAGAAGAUCAAGGAGAAGAUCGACGCGGAUUGGAAGGAGAAAGUCAGUUUCCAAGCAGAGAGGGAUUUGUUCGUGAGCACUAUUUCAACCGCUAUUGGCGUCCAACUGCGCGAGUUCGAGGUGGCGUGUGACCCGCCAUUCAUCACUCUGGGUCGGACAUCUUGGUCGUCAUUGAACCAAGUCACUGGCCAGUCGCCCUAUACGGACGAGUUUGUGAAAGCCGCUGAGCAGGUUGUGGAGCUCAUCAAACCUUUGGUCGAGCAGAAGAAGUAUAUGCGGAAUUUCCUUGACAAGGCGUGCAGCCUUAUCUUGGUCAAAUUCACCAACGCGCUCGUUCGAAGCCGGCCUCUGAAGGAGAUUGGCGCUGAGCAGCUCCUGAUAGAUUUACAAACCCUCAAAGCGUAUCUCACGAAAAUGCCUGGUGAAGCGUUAAUUACGAACACCCUCGGUUGCUUCCUUUACAAUUUGUUGUCGUCCGAGAGUUCGGAAUUUUCUCAUAAGAGUUUGGUGGAUGACAGGUAUACCCGUGCCUUGGCAAAGACGACUUCGAGACUGGAAGCGCUGUUGAAAGUUAUUGUGACGCCCGAGGACCCUCCAGAAGGUUUUGUUCUCAACUACACACUCCUUAUUGGAGAUGCUUCUUUCACCAACUUCCAAAAGAUCCUCGACUUGAAAGGCACACCCAAAGCAGCACAGAAAAACCUCUUUGACUCGUUCGAAGUCAUCACCAGCACGAAAACCGAUUUGGAGAGUACGUCUUUCCUCUCCUCGCUGGACAUGGACCCUCCGACUACAGCGCAUGUGGGCGGGAGUUUGUUGAGUCCUGGAGGGAGUCGGUUGGCGUCUGGAGGGGAGAGUAUGUUUGCGGGGCUGGGAGCUGGGCCGGGGCCUAGUGGGCCGUCGACGGGUUCGAGUGGUGUGGGUGAUGGAGGGGUUGGUGGGGGAGGUGGUGGUGGUGGUGGGAGGCCGGCUGGGGAUACGAAGCAGGUGUUUUCGGAUUUCAGGCGGUUUGUUAGUUUUGGGUUGAGGAAGGAUUCUGUGGCUCCUUAG